GUUGUGUGAAACAUGAAUACUUCUAUUUAACAGUCGAACAAAACUUUUUGGGAUGGAUCAGCUGUCAGGUGCUCCCUUCAAGGGUCACGGCAAGUGGCUAACAGUGGCGGUACCUGGCGGCAAAAUCUUGAUGUUGAUACUUCGGUCGUCAUAGAAACGCGAUUGAAGCUUGGCGGCGGGGGAAGUAAAUAUUAAUACGACGAGAAGAAAAUAUCGUCGUGCCUUCAGUUUCUUGAACCGGUUUUUAGAAACUUGCCCGGUUUGUACCGAGGAACUCAUUUAUCCCUCCUGCCAGUUGUCAGAACGUUGCGCGGAGUUUACAUCAGCGUUAACGUGGUCCGUUUUAGUUCCUUUUUUUUUCCACAGGAAUUGUUAUCUGUCGUCUUCACAAUUUUAAUCUUAAUAGCAUGCGUGAAUUUGGUUUUAGCCUAUGAUGGAAUUCUUAAGCGGUGGUGCCGGAUUUGCCUUGAACUCCUUCAAACCCCUCUCCAGAGUAGGUCGGCAAGCCAAGCGAUGACAUCCGGAACGAUGUCGUCCAAAGUGCUGAAUACUAUAUCAAAGGGAUGACAGGCACUUUUGUAAUAUCGAGUAUUCUGUUCCUAUCUGCUGUUGCAUUUCUUUCACACACAAAAGCAGAGACUCUCUGGAGUACUGAAAGUGAUGCGGAAGAAGAGGAGGAAAAGAAACAGAACAUUCUGUUUGGAAAUGAGUCUAUAGGAAGUACCCUAUUUCCAGAUGAAAGUCCUACUACGAGGCCUUCUAUUGAUAAAAUGAUAGCCCUCGACGAAAACGCUCUCUGGAACAAACCCUUAAACAUUUCAGACUAUGAUGAAUUGCAUGAAGAGGGUAAACACGAUGCUAGUCCUGAAAACAGUGUCGAUAAAGAUCCAAUAGAAAAUGUAAAUGAUUUCCUACCAGAAAAUCCCCUCACAGAAUCUCCAAUUCAUGCAGAUGAACAGAAUGAGCCGUUAAUAGUUGAUUCCUCAAAUCAUAUGGAAGUCAUUGAAUUGGCAUCGUCGAUAGAUUCUUCAAUUAAUUUGAAUGCUCAUCUUAUAUCUUCUUUGAAUCCAUCCAAAUUGUUUCUGCUUAGCAAUGAUACUGCACCUUCUUUUGUAAGUUCUCCAAACUCUGAAAUCAUUGCUUCAUCAACCAGUUUUAAUUGUGCCUUAAACGACCCUAGAUGCAAAUCUUCCCAAACUGAGGAAUUAGAGUCAAAAUUUAUGGAAGAAAAGUUAAAAACUACCUUUAACCCGUUUUUAUCUUUGCCGUCUGUGUGGAGUAUUUUUAAAUCGUUAAAAUCCCAAGAUCAAAUGGUCUCUGAGAGUUCCGAGAUUUUAAUGACUUCUACAGAAACACCUACAAGUUUCACAUUACCACCAAGCCCACCAGAAAGUCCAUUCAUUUUGACUUCUGAAAAUAUUAUUCUGAUUGACGAUAAAGAUGAAUCUGUGAUACAAACUGAGCCCAGUAAAAGCGAAAGACCAAAACCAGUCAAGCCUGAAGAUAACCCUGAAGAGCUUUCGAGUGAGCGGAUUUUCCCGAAGAUUGCUACAACACCGAUAAUUCCUCAUAUUAAAGAAACUGCUUCAUCAGAUAUACGUCCAUUAACAUCCACUUUAUUGACAAAAUUAUCAGAAAUCAGCUCAACAUCUUCUGUAGAUCUUUUGUCUAUUGAACCUUCAAUUUCUCCGACAGAAUCUGAUCUUAUCAGCUCAUUUCAGAUUCGCGUUUCUCAUUAUGAUGAUAAAGAAAUUGAAUUUGAAAAGCCAUUUACAGAUUAUGCUAAAGUUUCGAGAGAACUUUUAGAUUCAAUAACAAGUCCUUUUCCUACACCCACGUGGUACAAUUCGAAGAGCAAUGUUCCAUCUAGCAAGGAUAAGUCUACUCGAGUGAUCACAGAAACUAUUUCUGAAAUAAGGCUACUGCCAUCUUCAUCUUUUCAAGAUUCACGGAGGACAUCAUCAGACAUUGCAUCCAUAGAACCGAUCGUAUCUUCAUUUUCAGAACCUACUGAAAUGUCUUCUCUCGUAACUCCGGUUUCAUCGCCUGGAUUGUCAACUCCCGUUCUGGAAACGAGUCAGUUUCCGGUAAUGAAAGAUUCUACAACCUCAAAAACACCUAAAGAAGAAGUACCUCCCCCAAGGUUGACAAAUCCGAGCUGUUCUAGUCUUCCAGUAUGCGUCGAGAUAACGUUACUUGACAUGACAUGGGAAACAUUCUGCUCUCAGGCAUAUGACUUUCGAGAAUUCUUAUCGAAGUCUGUUUCGCACUACACUCGUCCCAUUUUCCCUCAUCACAUCGUUCUGGAUACUGAAGUCUGUUCGAGGAAUUCAGCAAUAAGACCACUUCAGACUUCGCCAGAUAUAACUAUUUCUUUCUAUGUUACAAAUGAUUCUGGAGAGUAUGAAGAGAGGCUCACAGAGAUAUGUGGUGUUAUUCUUAGGAAAUGGGCUCCAACUGCAUUCAGAAGUUCCGUAAUUGAAGUCCGCUUGUACAACAGCGAAAGUCAGUCCACGCCUCUGCCACUGAUACCCGAGCUGAAUUCUGGAUUUGUUGCAGCUGUCUCGAUAUCAGCUGUCGCUGGAGUCGCCUUGUGCUUGCUUUGUAUUUUGCUGGUCAUAAUGAAGCAAAAACUUCUUCAAGGCCGCAACUCGGAAACUGCUACUCCAACAGCAGAUGCUUACAGCCUCGACUCCCUUUCCAUCAACGCCAGUUUUAGACGGCGACGGAAUAGACGUUCUGCAAGAUCUUAUCUUAACCAUGCCUUCAAUGAUCAGGAAAUUCCAUCGCAUCCUUUGAACGAAAAGACAUUAGCAAACUGCUUGAAGAGUCGAGAUCUUCUAGAAGAGGAAUUCAAGAAAAUUCCCAUGAAUAUGCCAAAGCUCGAUUCGAUUCCAGAAGGAGCACAUGUCAAGAAUAGAUAUUCGAACAUCCUUCCGAGACCAGAAAGCAGAGUAGUGCUCGCAGAACCAUCGGGAGAUCCUCUAAAAUGCUAUAUUAACGCUAAUUUUGUUAAGGGAUAUGAAGGAAAAUCAGCGUUUUAUAUAGCAUGCCAGGCCCCUUUACCAGAAGGAAUCGAAGAUUUCUGGAGAAUGGUUUGGGAACAGCAGAGCAGAGUAAUCAUAAUGCUAACAAUGUUCGAAGAAAAUGGCACUUCUCGGUGUGCUGUAUAUUUUCCCCAGAGUACUCUAGUGUCCCAGCAGCCAUAUGGAGAUUUCCAAGUAUCUCUUGUAAAGAAAGAUGUUUAUGAGUUUUACACUAUUUCUACCUUGCGUCUUUUGGAUUUAGAGAAAAAUUUAUUUCGUGACAUUGCUCAUUUAUGGUUCACUGGAUGGCCUGAUGUAGGAGUGCCGAAGGAUCCUUCAAGCUUAAUCACCUUUGUGCAACAAUGCAGGCCUUUCAUAAACUGUAAUUCAGGUCCCUCUGUUAUUCAUUGCAGUACUGGCACUGGUCGAACCGGCGUUUUCCUAGCUCUGGAUAUUUGCAUGCGAGAAUAUGACGAAUCCAGGUCCAUCGACAUUCUGCAGGUUGUUUCUCAACUUCGGAGAGACCGCGGAGGAGCAGUGCAGAACAAAGACCAAUAUAUACUCAUUCAUGAAGCUAUGCUUGAAUACAUUUCUCGAGUGGAGAAUCAGACUCACUGCCCAUCUAUCUGUAGCAAGAAUUCGUGAUGUGGCGAAUGAACAUAAGUGAGAUUGAAAAUCCAAGCAAUCCAAUUCUGAAAUGCUUAACAAACUUGUAUAAGCUGUGCAAUUUAUGUGUGAAAGAAUACAGUUUUGUUAAAAUAUAAAAUAUUUAAUCGUUUGUACAAAAGAAUAUUUUAUGCAACUUUAAUUUUGUUGAAUGUAUUUUAGCGUUUAUUGCAUUGAAAUUUGUGAAGAAUAUUUAUCUGAUUAAAAUUAUAAAAAUUAA